AUGGAUUCUUUGAGCUCAGUACAGCCUGCCUCUUAUGUUGGUUUUGACACCAUCACAAAUCAAAUCGAGCAUCGUUUGCUAAAGAAAGGUUUUCAAUUCAAUAUAAUGGUGGUUGGUCAAUCUGGAUUGGGUAAAAGUACUUUGAUAAACACAUUAUUUGCUUCGCACUUGAUUGAUUCUGCCACUGGUGAUGAUAUUUCCGCUCUACCUGUUUCAAAGACAACUGAAAUGAAAAUUUCCACUCACACUCUUGUAGAGGACCGUGUUCGCUUGAAUAUUAAUGUUAUAGAUACACCUGGAUUUGGUGACUUUAUUGAUAAUUCUAAAGCUUGGGAACCUAUCGUGAAGUAUAUUAAAGAACAACACUCUCAAUACUUACGUAAAGAAUUGACAGCUCAACGUGAAAGAUUUAUUGUUGAUACACGGGUUCAUGCCAUUCUUUAUUUCCUGCAACCAAAUGGAAAGGAGUUGAAUCGCCUUGACGUUGAAGCCUUAAAAAGAUUAACAGAAAUAGCAAAUGUUAUACCUGUUAUUGGCAAAUCGGAUACAUUGACUUUGGAUGAAAGAGCAGAGUUUAGAGAACUAAUCCAAAAUGAGUUCGAGAAAUACAAUUUCAAGAUUUAUCCAUAUGAUUCAGAGGAACUAACUGAUGAGGAAUUAGAACUCAACAGAAGUGUUAGAUCUAUAAUCCCAUUUGCCGUGGUUGGUUCUGAAAAUGAAAUUGAAAUAAACGGUGAGACUUUUCGGGGAAGGAAAACUCGUUGGAGCGCUAUUAAUGUUGAAGACAUCAAUCAGUGUGAUUUUGUAUAUUUAAGGGAGUUUUUGAUUCGAACUCAUCUUCAAGACUUAAUUGAAACAACUUCGUAUAUUCACUAUGAAGGAUUCAGGGCAAGACAAUUAAUUGCUUUGAAAGAAAAUGCGAAUAACCGUUCCUCAGCUCACAUGUCUAGCAAUGCUACCCAACGUUGA